AUGGACAUGUUAUCGUCAAGAUCCUACCUGGAAAUGUCACAAGAACAAGAAGCAAAAAUAUCACUAAACUCCAGUGAGAUCAAUCGAAGACCAAGUGGACCCCAAGCAUCGGGGAUCGACCAACCGACCAAUGAAAACUCGGAUCCUUCCGUGAAAAGAGGUCGGCCGAGAGCAGAGGCCAAAGAUGCUUCUGCCAUUGAGAUCCGACGGGCGCAACGCACCUAUCGUCUCAAAAAGGAAACCACCAUCCAGAACCUCAGAUCUCGCGUCCAUCUACUCGAGCAGACAAUAGAGAAAGUAGCAAAUCUCCUAGAUGGAGCCUACUGCGACUCAGUCGUCCACCUCAACGAAGAUCCAACUCUUCAGCCAAGCGUGGACUAUCUCGCUCGCACACGAGAACUCAUUCUAGCAGAAUUUUGA